AUGGCAACAUUCACCACUCCGGUCCCAUCGGAACUUCAUGAAACUUAUGUCAAUGAAGCGAAUGCCUACGUGGCAGGAUUCGUCUCUUUAGUCUCCAACAUUGCUCUAAUCUACGCUACAGCCAAAGUUAAAACUUAUUCAAAAGCAUUCCGAUGGAUUCAAUACUACGUUUGUGUUCUCAGAUUGAUAUUUUCUAUGGUUGUGGUGGUGACAUCGCCGACACUUGCUUAUGUGGCCAAAAUGAAGUCAUUGUACAUCGUCAAAGGCGGAUUCUAUCUUCCUUUCAAUACCGGAAUUAUCUUCCUAAUCCUUUUCGUGUUCUUCGUUGUCAUUUCCUGCAGCUCUCCAUCCGUUCAAUACCUCCAGUUAUGUCAUGUGCUCUCAGACAACGCUCAUAAACGCGAACACUUUGGUCCUAUCAUCUCGACCAUUUCUGUUAUUGCUGGAAUUCCAACACUCAUUUUGGCAUACGUCGGGUACACUCCAUCUCCAGCUGAACUUCUGGAAGCUAAGGACAUCGUUUACUAUUUGAAUGGAGAAGGAGAUAGUGCUUUCCUAUUGGUUACUGCAUUUAGAAACAAUAUACUCGACUGGACAUCCAUUUUCUGUACCUUUUACAUCCUGAUCAUUAUGAUUCUAUCAGUGAUUACUGUAAUCGUUUGCGCUUUUAAGAUUCAGAAACAGAUGAAGGCCAAAAUGAUGAGUGACGUAGCGAAAAAGUCGCAAAAUCAGAUCAAUAUGAUUCUCUUUCUUCAGUUCGCUUUACCAUUUCUCACUAUUCAUGUUCCAUUCUAUGUAUCUUUUAUAUUGCCAAUGUUUGAUAUUGAAAACUCAUUUUUGUCAACUAAUUUGCCAUUUUUGUUCUCUUGGUGCCCGGCGAUCAAUCCGAUUUUGGUGAUUUUUAUGGUCAAGAAUGUGCGCGACCGAAUGUUCUGCAAGUCAGCGUCCUCCAAACUAUCCUCCACAAAUAUGAUUCAAGUUCGUCAGACGUCGCAGGUGCUCAGUACACGUGCACACUGA